UGCGAUUCAACUUCUGUGUAAUUGAAGCUCUCCACUUCUUUGAUUCUUCAGUUCCUCAUCAAUUCCGUAACGUUCCAUGUGAACUCUUCACUUCCUCCAACAUCAACAUAUAUUAAGUUACCAGCGUACAUUCCUGCACUCCAGUUCCUCACACCCAGUAAUGAAAACCAAUUGUAUCAAUGGCAAGCAAAAUCGCAAAAUCGCAAAAUCAAGCACCAGAAGCUAUAAGUACUGUGAAAAAACACAAAAUGGAUGGAGCAAUCGUUUCUUCAGAACCUCCACACCAUGUCGUUAUCUUAUCUUGCGAGCACCAUCAAGAAGAGUUUGAGAGAUUUUCAAUUCCUCAAAAAGACGGAGAUCGUCGCGCCAAAACCGAUUGGUUUUCUCUGCAGCUUCAUCCCUCUUCUCGGAGGAAAGGUUUCUCUCCAACCUGACAUUUUCAAAAGACAAGCCAGUUGUUGCUACACUCAAAACACCUUCGCGGCUGAAAAUCUCUUAAGGGAACCAAGCCGUCAGUUCUCGACCAUUACUAUGCCGGCUGGUAAGAAAACUUCUCGGAAGAGGAAAUGUCUAAAUGAUGAUGAAUUGAUAAUUCCAAACAAGUAAGAUAUCUUUUUUGUAACCUUGGAUAAUAUUCAUCUACGGAGUUCCUUAAUAUGUAUGUGUGUAAUAUAUAUACAUUGGUUAUAGUGUACAGUUAUGAAGGAAAUGAUAGAAGACAUAAGUACAUUUGUCACAAAACUGAGAAAGGUUCCUCAUACUGACUAUUAUGAGAGAAGAAUCAAACGUUUUUCCGAUCAAUGGAAAUGUAUAAAACAGACAUGCUUGGAUAUUCCCACAUACAUUUCAAUAAACUACAUAUUAGCGUUUUACUUCUUC